UUGAUAGCACACGUCACUUACCUUGAAGACAAUGUUUAGGACUCUUAUGAUUGUUCUGGUGUUAUGGACACACAUGGUUAAAGUGGACUCUUUCUGUGAUUCUCAACUUCAGAAUGGACUCUUUCAAGAUCUUCUAAAUAUGAUGAUGAAGAUAAAAGGUUCUAGUUCUGCAGAACCGUCUACCUGUAACUGCAAAAAGAUUGUGAUUGCUUUCACAGCUGCGCUCUCCGCUACAAAAUCUAUUGGCUCAGGUGCAAUUGUUCAGUUUGAUAAAGUUUGGACAAAUGAGGGAAAUGGAUUGGACCCGAAUUCUGGAAUUUUCACAGCACCAAGGAAAGGAUUCUAUCAAAUAUCUGCAACAACAAUGUCUGCACAUGGAGCAUACUUCCAUUCAUAUCUUAUGAAAAAUAAUGAAAAAACUGUCGGAAUGUACCCAGGACAAGGUCCUCAAACAGGUUCAGCUAACAUUGUUCUGAAAUUAAAGAAAGGAGACCGUGUGUACAUAAAGCAUAAAAACAACACCGAGAAAAUUUAUAGCGAUCCUGAUCAUUGGAGCAUGUUUUCAGGAUUCCUUAUUUCUGAAUAAAA